AUGUCUUCUUCGGCGACAGUGGCCAGGACCGCGCGGCGACGACGCGAGCCCCUUAGCACGCCCAAGCUGCCGAGAGUCUCGCUGUCGUUGGAGUCCCAGGGCGAGCUCAGAGAGCCAGAGCAGGUCGUUGCCGAUGUCGAGACUCGAUUAUGCACCAAUUCCAAGGCGAUUGGAUGCAAGCAGACGCGAGCCAAUCAGCUUCACCACGAGGCCGAUCAGCUGUGCUACAAGGGGGAUUACGAGUCGGCCUUGGUGCUGUACCAUAGAGCGUCGCAGAUCUGCCCUCGCGAGCAAAAUCAUCAGAUCGCCGCUUGGCGCAUCCAGGCGGCAAUAGACUCGGAGGCUAAUACCUCCAAGGACUUUCGCGUUCAAUCGAGGUCAACCCUCCGCCCUCCGCAGAUGUCAGGUUUUGUCUGUCCGGAGGUGGCGGCGCAUAGGGCCCGGGAUGUCGUCGCCGAGUCAUCCGAUCCCCUGCGCGAUAUACCCAGAAUUCUCAGGUUCUUCGAGUCGCGAAAAGACUUUUGGCGCUUACCGAGUCCGAGCAACUCCUCGAUCACCGCUCGCUCCAAGAUGAUGCUGAAGAAGAUGAACAAGUGCGUGUCGUCGACCUUCAUGGAAUUGGAAACAGCGUACGAGUCGGGCGACACCGCGACCGUUCAUAAAUUGGGCGACGUACUCGUUGACCUGGCCUCGGUUUCCGAGGAGCCAAACCGAAAUCAGCUCGAACUUUACGGUUACCUCGCGAGCAAGCAAAUUUCCCUGGGACGGCACGACAGGGCCGUCUGUCUCGCCGUGAAGAUGAUCUUUCUCGCGAGGAGUUGCGGCAAUGUACACUGGAUAACCGAGGCCCUCGUCGUCAUUGGCAAGGUUCAUCUGGCCUUCGGGCACUUGGACGCUCUGGCUCGGGUCUGGGAGCGCCUUGUCGACGAUUUGAAAACGGAGGCGAUUCCGCAAGCUUGGCUCUACCAUGACAUUGGCCGGUGUCAUUUCGAAUUGGAGAACUUUGGUAAGGCCCUCGAUGUGGCGAAACUUUGCUUAAAGAGCGCCAACGCCGCCCAGUCGAAAAAGUGGACGGUACGGGGUCAACUGUUAACAGGGCAAAGUCUCCUGAAACUGGGUAGGUUCGGCGAGGCGGUCAUUGCUCUGAAGAUGGCAGCGAUGGUCGCCUUGGAGGAGGAUUACAAGGAUGAGCAAUGGAUUAUUCGCUACAUCCAGAGCCUGAUUGAUCAAGUAGCUGGUCUAUUGAGGCAGAUAAAUCAGAAGCGCAAGGACGAGUCCGAGUCGUGCAAGAGUUGCGAUGAUGCGACCGAGACCAAGGCCCCGAUGACGAAUUUGAUCGUUAACAAGAUCAACGACGAUGCUUCUAGCGAGACCGAGGAAGAUAAGGAGGCUAGAGUGCCCGGAGCAGCGCAGCUCGCCAAAGAAGAGCCCAGCACACCGAAGCAGCGCAAGCGACAUUAUCGGACCCGGCCUCGCCCGGACAACCAGGACGAUACCUCGGACGAGGAGACGGUCAGCCAGUUGCUCGAGAAGAUAGGAUCGCUGCGUCGCACGCAGACGUCGAACGCGCCGAUGAUGUUAGCCGAUAAGGUUCUUGACAUCGACACCGGUGCGGCCCGGUCGUUGGGUUCGAGCGAGGCUGACAUCGAGGAUCUCAAUAUCGAUAGUUCGCGGACGCACAUUAUCAGGUCGCACGAUUCCAAAAUAAAUUCAGAGGAUGAAAUGACGCUAAAGGCGCAUGAACUCGUAUCCCUGAGCGACUUCUCUUGUAUCGACGAUACGGGCGAGGAGGACUUGAUUGGUUCGAAUCUCGACGAUAUCUAUAUGUCUGAUGUAGAGGCAAUUCAGAGCGAAGUCGAUUCAAUUGAUAUGAGGAGCACCGCCCACACUACCAUCUUCGAGGAAGCGAACGAUAAAUCUGCAACGUACUUUUCACCCUACGACGAACUGACCUUCCCGAGCUUCAGCUGUAGUCUGGAUAGCGAGAGUUUGAUAUCAUUGGCCAGUGAUAAUCAGUGCGAAAACACUUUGGGGAUGUCGAGCUACUUGAAGGGUCUGAAGUCACACGACUUUGAAGAGCUCUGCGAGAUGGAGAAACAUUUCGUUGAAGAUCGUUUCAUGGAUUAG